CCUUCUCCGCUCAACAUCAACUCAUCAUCCGCAGUGGGAGCGGUAAUCAAUACAUUCAGCUUCCAUCGCCAUCACAAUGUUCCGCACCGCGCUCCGGACGAGCGCCCGCGUGGCCGCUGCCAGCAGCAGCAAAAUCGUCGCCCAGCGCACCACACCCGCCAUCGCCUCCACGCUCGCCCGUGGCUAUGCCUCCGAAUCCAAGGCCCAGCCGACCGAGGUCUCCUCGAUCCUCGAGCAGCGCAUCCGUGGCGUACAGGAGGACACUGGUCUCGCCGAGACUGGUCGCGUCCUGACUGUCGGUGACGGUAUCGCUCGUGUCUACGGCAUGAGGAACGUCCAGGCUGAGGAGCUCGUCGAGUUCGCCUCCGGCGUCAAGGGAAUGUGCAUGAACCUCGAAGCCGGCCAGGUCGGUGUCGUGCUUUUCGGUUCCGAUCGUCUGGUCAAGGAAGGCGAGACCGUCAAGCGUACCGGCGAGAUUGUCGAUGUCCCAGUCGGCGAGGCUAUGCUUGGUCGUGUCGUCGACGCUCUCGGCAACCCCAUCGAUGGCAAGGGCCCAAUCAAGACCACCGAGCGCCGCCGUGCCCAGAUGAAGGCCCCUGGUAUUCUUCCCCGCCAGUCUGUCAACCAGCCCGUGCAGACCGGCCUCAAGUCCGUCGACGCCAUGGUGCCAAUUGGCCGUGGUCAGCGUGAGUUGAUCAUCGGUGAUCGUCAGACCGGAAAGACUGCCGUCGCUCUCGACACCAUGCUCAACCAGAAGCGCUGGAACGAGGGUAACGACGAGACCAAGAAGCUUUACUGCAUCUACGUCGCCGUUGGUCAGAAGCGAUCCACCGUGGCCCAGCUCGUCAAGACUCUUGAGGAGAACGACGCCAUGAAGUACACUUGCAUUGUCGCCGCCACCGCCUCCGAGGCCGCUCCUCUUCAGUACAUCGCGCCUUUCACUGGUACCUCCAUCGGAGAGUACUUCCGUGACAACGGCAAGCACGCUGUCAUCAUCUUCGACGAUCUCUCCAAGCAGGCCGUGGCCUACCGCCAAAUGUCUCUCCUUCUCCGUCGUCCCCCCGGGCGCGAAGCGUAUCCCGGUGACGUCUUCUACCUCCACUCCCGUCUGCUGGAGCGUGCUGCCAAGAUGAGCAACAAGACCCACGGAGGUGGUUCCCUCACUGCUCUGCCCAUCAUCGAGACUCAGGGUGGUGAUGUGUCUGCCUACAUCCCAACCAACGUCAUUUCCAUUACCGACGGACAGAUUUUCCUCGAAUCGGAGCUCUUCUAUAAGGGAAUUCGCCCGGCCAUCAACGUCGGUCUUUCCGUGUCCCGUGUCGGAUCCGCUGCCCAGCUCAAGGCCAUGAAGCAAGUCGCCGGAUCUCUCAAGCUCUUCUUGGCCCAAUACCGUGAGGUCGCCGCUUUCGCCCAAUUCGGUUCCGAUCUCGAUGCCUCCACCAAGCAGACCCUCAGCCGUGGCGAGCGUCUUACCGAGCUUCUCAAGCAGAAGCAGUACCAGCCCAUGCCCGUCAGCGAGAUGGUGCCGCUCAUCUACGCCGGUGUCAACGGUCACCUCGACAAGAUCCCCGUCAACAAGAUCCUCAAGUGGGAGUCCGACUACCUCAGCCACCUCCGCAGCAACGAGUCCGAGCUUUUGUCCACCAUUGACAAGGAGGGUGCUUUGAGCAAGGACCUCGAGGGCAAGCUCAAGAGCAGCAUCACCAGCUUCAUCUCAAGCUUCUCGUAGAGGAAUGUUGGAAUGAUUGGGUGUGUGUACAAUUACAAAAGGCGAAGGUUGAGCUCUCCGAGACGACAAGACGUCCUUCGCGGGUGUUGUGGUAGAGGAGGAGACGGUGCAACGAAAGCAUUGUAGAUACGCGAGAACCUUUUCCUUUGUAUCAGUG